AUGUUGGUUCAUUCGUCUAAACUCAUGAGGAAAGGUGUUUUGCUUCUAUGUUACCUCUGCUUCGAGCUUGUGCGAUCGGGAGAGAGCCCAUUUCAUAGAACGGUCAAAAGAACAUGUAAGUUGCAAACUUCUGCUACGAACAAAUCAGAUCAGGAUUUCCUCGCGGUGCAGCAGGAUGGUGACACUGUGAUUAUAGUAAAGGGUACAAAUGUUGAUGUUGAUGAGAAGUGUGCGAUAGUGCGCGCAAAAAGGAAUGAUACCGAAAACUGCGAAGAGCUUUGUGGUGCCCAUGGUCAUUGCUCUCUGCGUGAAGCGGGAACUCCAAUCGAACAUUACGAAUGCAUUUGUGAUUAUGGCUAUAGAGGAAUGCACUGUGAAGAAAAAAUACGCACGAAGUUUGCCUUAAUGUAUGUGGUGUGGGUACUUGUGGCUAUAGAAAUUCUUUUCAUAAUUGUGGCAGUGAAGAGAUAUGCACAGCGUCAAUUCUUCAUGUCACCGCUACCACAUAGGCGUUUCGUAGACGUCAUGCUGUCGAGAAGCAAAGAGUCUAAAAAACAGAAGUAGAAAGUUGUAUCUUAUGUAACUGUUGAAACCUAUUUCACUACAGACA